GACUAUCAUAAUGCUUGAUACGUCUGUUAAGUUUGGAAACAACCAAUAAAAUUAAUUGUUCAAAAUCAUUAUACCUAGCUAUCAAUAAUCAUUCACCAUCGGAUAAACACAGUUUUAAAAAAAGAAUUUUUUUAUUAUUGUAUUCAUUAUAGAUUUUAAUAUAAUCAUAAUUAAUCAAAUUAAAUAAAUCAGACAAAGAGAUAUGUCAUAACUUACUGAAUUCUGUUAUAAAUCGAUUCGGUUGAAUAUAUUGUACAAUGAAUUUACUUUUGAUAUCAACGUUAAUUUGUAUUUUAGAAUACAUUGUGCCGAUUGUAAUAACUUAUUUUACAGCACAUUUAUAUGUAGGAAAAAAAGAAGAAGCUGAAUUACGUAAAAAUUUAGCUACAUUGAGACAAGAAAUGGCAAGUAUUUCAAUGGUAGACGAAUUUUCGAAAUACGCUAAACUUCAAAGAAAAUAUAACAAAUUAGAAAAUACUCUGAAGGAUAUAGAAAAGGGGAGAUUAUCCAGUAGAAAAAAAGCAAGAUUAUUGACCACUUAUGGUUUUCGUAUCAUCAAUGGCAUAUUAAUAGUGAUCCUUUUAUACAUAUAUAACAAUGAACCUAUAAUAAAAUUACCAAAGGAUACAUUAUGGCCAAUUAAUUAUCUUUUAAGAUGGCCAACUAAUUAUGAAGACUCCAUUUCUUUAAUUAUGUGGUUUGUCAUCGCAAAAAUAGCUAUAUCUAAAUGUACUCAAAUUCAUAUAAUAAAUAAUCAUUAAAUAAACUUAUCAAUAAAAAUGAAGUAUAUAUAUAU